AAGGGGGCACUAUGAGAGGCGGUACUGAUGCCGUCUAACCAGUUUUCCUGGCUGGGUUCAAGCUUAUAGGCAUUUAACCAACAGAUCCAUCCUAUCCUGCCUGACAGAGCAGCAGUAACACACUGUAGAGGAGACAUCUCUCCCUGGGCUUGUCUUAGGUGGAGGAAUCUCUGGCAGCAGCAUAUGAUAACUUUGCUGAGGUUUGACGUUUCAAUGGUUUAUUGUAUUUUAGCAUAAAUACAUGGAUAUAAAUACACCCAAGAAAUUAUGAGUGAAGACAAUAAGAAUAGAAGUUUCUCAGAAAGCCUGGUUCUGGAUGACUCAGAGAAAGGAGUCAUCAUCACCAGAAUCACAGAUGAACAAAUCGCUGCAAAGAGUGGCCUGCAAGCAGGGGAUGAAAUUGUUGCAGCCACUAUACAUCUAGACCAUCUCGACAAAAAUGAAGUGCUGAACAUCCUGAAGGUCCUGGAGCCAUAUGAUAACAACAUGAAGGUUCUAACAAAAAAGGAGCUGAGUGCCAGUGCUGGCCUUGGCUCCUUUGGAUUAGGUCUCAAAAAUCCUGGAGAGAUGCUCACCAUAAACAACGAUCUGUCAAUGGAUGCAUCAGCUGAGGCACCAGUUGUCUCCCUUGAUGGCCAGAGUGGAAAAUUAAAUUCUGCGCAAGGGUUGGGGACUGAAAUAAGUGCUCCCAUCCUCAAUGGAGACCUUCCUAAUCUAAAUAAGCCCUCAACGGAUGCUGGUGCCAAAUUCACAAUGCCCUCAUUAGGACUGACAGAUCCAGGUAUAAAAGGAGAUCUGGAUGGCCCCCUCAAAGCUCCUGAUGUCAAGGUCUCAACUCCUCAGCUCAACACUCCCAGUGCCUCGCUUGACAUCGAGAAACCAGAAAUGAAAACUGGCAACCUAAAACACAAGACCCCAAAAUUCAUGAUGCCACACUUCAAUCUGCCUCAACUUGAAACACCAAAAGCAGAAAUGGAUGUUUCCGGUGAUGUAGAUCUCCCUUCUGUCAGUGGAAAUCUAGACACAGCAGACCUCAAUCUGUUGGUUCCAGAAUUAGAUCUUAAAAGUUCAGAUUUGGACCUAAAUAGGCCAAAUGCUCAUCUGAAUGGUCCCGACGUAAACUUACAAAUACCAAACACUGAGGUACCCUCAGGAAAAAUCAAAUGGCCCCAUCUCAAAUGGAAAGGUCCCAAAGUUAAAGGACCAGAUGCCAACUUAAAUGCUGACUUGUCUGCACCUGAUGCCAGCCUCUCCACAUCAAUGAUUGAGGGGGAUGUAAGUACACCAGAUAUUGAUAUUAGCUUACCCAAAGCUGACAUCAAAGGCCCUGAUCUAGAUGUUCAAACCCCAAAUCUUGAAACCGAUACUGGUAAAAUAAACUGGCCUCAUUUGAAGUGGAAGAAACCCAAACUUCAUAGCACAAAAGCUGAUCUGGAUUUAGAUGCAAAUCUGAACACACCAGAUAUCUCUGUUCCAAAAGUGGAGGGUGGAAUAAAUGCCCCAGAUGUAGAUGUAAAUUUGCCAAAAGCUGACCUUACAUGCCCUGAUUUGGACAUGCAAACCCCAACUAUUGAUGUAGAGGCUCCACCUGGUAAAAUCAACUGGCCUCAUCUGAAAUGGAAGAAGCCCAAAGGCCCAAGAGCAGACUUAAACAUAGAUGCAGACCCAAAUUUAAAUCUCUCAACUCCAAACAUUGAGGGUGACAUAAAUGUACCCAAUGCAGAGAUGAAUCUCCCAAAAGCUGGCAUAAAAGGUCCUGACGUAGAUGUUCAGGUCCCAGACAAUGACAUAGAUGCUCUGUCAGGGAAAAUUAACUGGCCUCAUCUGAAGUGGAAGAAACCAAAACUUCAUAGCCCCAAAGCUGAUAUGGAUUUUAAUGCAGAUCUGAGCACACCAGAUGCUGAUCUCUCUGUUCCAAAAAUUGAUGGUGAGAUUAGUACACCAGAUAUUGAUCUGAAUUUACCAAAAGCUGAUGUUGAUGCUAAAGCACCAGAUGUUAACAUAGAGGCCCCUUCUGGAAAAGUCAAAUUCCCAACACUCAAAAAGCCAAGGUUCCUGUUUUCUGGGCCAAAGGUGAAAUCCCCAGAUGUUGACUUUGAUGCUGAUGUGAAAGCGCCUGACCUCAGCCUCUGUCCUCAGGCAUCACUAGAUGGACCUGAUGUUGAUCUGAAUUUACCCAAAGCAGAUGUUGACGUUAAAGCACCAAAUGUUGACAUCGAGCCUCCCUCUGGGAAGUUCAAAUGGCCCACUCUUAAAAAGCCAAAGCUGUCACUCUCAGGUCCUAAGGUUAAUGGUCCAGAUGUUGAUUUAGAUGCUGAUAUUUCGACCCCCGACUUGAGUCUCUCAGCUCCAAAGAUAGAUGGUGAGAUAAAUGCACCAGAUCUAAACUUACCAAAAGCUGACCUGGAAGGCCCCAAGUUAGACGUUAAUGCUCCAAAUGUUGAAGGUCUGUCUGGAAAAUUCAAAUGGUUCAACAUCAAGAAACCAAAAUUCGGCACACUUAAGGGUCCAAAGGCUGAUAUUGAUGCUGAUCUGAAUGUACCAGAUGUAGAACUAAAGGCACCUAACAUGGAUUUGAGUGCACCAGAUUUCAAUUUUUCAGCACCCAAAACUGAGGGCUGUAUUGAGGCUCCAGACCUUAAUAUCGGUAUGCCUAAUGCUGAUCUCAAAGUUCCAGAUGUAGAUCUUAAUGUUCCAGAUCUUGAUCUUGACACACCUGAUGGUAAGCUUAAUGAACCCAAAUUUAAAUUACCAAAAUUCAAAUUGCCAAAAGUGAAGGGUCCUGAAUUAGAUGCUGAUCUAAAAGCACCAGAUCUCUCUUUAUCUGCAUCAAAAGUUGAAGGUGGUUUUGAUGCACCAAAUCUUGACAUUAAUUUGCCAAAAGCUGACCCCAAAGGCCCUGAUGUGGACCUUCAAUCUUCAAAAGUUGAUGUCUCAGCUGGAAAAUUCAAGCUGCCCAAAGUUGAUGCUGACCUCAAGACUUCAGAUCUGGAUUUUUCUGCCACCACAAUUACAGGAGAUCUCACUACACCAGAUCUAGAUCUGGAUGCUGAUUUGAAAAAAGAUAUUGACCUUUCAGGCCCCCAAACUAACAUCAGUUUAGUAGACUUAAAUCUUUCACCAUCAAAGAUUAAGGGUCCAGAUGUGGACCCUAACUUUCCCAAAGCUGAUGUAAAGGGAGCAAGUCAGGAUUUAACAAAAGCAGACCUCCAGGUACCUGAUCUCAACUUGAAAGCACCAGAUUUCAGCCUGUUUUCACCAAAAAUGAAUGAAAACCUCUCAGCACCAAACAAAGACAUCAUAGUGCCAAAGGAUGAAGUGAAAUCACCACAAUUAAAAUCACCAGAUCUUGAUUUUGAUUCCCAUUUGGGUGACUUUAAAUUGCCUCAUUUUAAGCUUCCAAACCUUGGUCUUUCAAGUGCUGAAGUAGAGGUUCCCAGUAUUCAUCCUUCAGUUGAGUCUGGAAUAGAGGCACCAAAGGCCAACAUAGGUGUUCCUAAAGCAGAUGCCAACAUCUCUGUUCCUGUGGUAGACUUGAGUCUACCAGAGGUAGAGGGAGAUAUGAAAGCAUCCAAAAUAGACGUGAAAGCCCCAAAUUUAGAUGCCAAUCUUGAAAAGUCCAAAUUGCCACAUUUUAAGCUUCCAAAGCUUAACUUUUCAGGUUCUAACAUAAAAGCGCGAGAGGCUGAUACCAGUGCAAAUCUUGAAGUCUUAUCCGAUGUUAAGGUCAAAGGUCCCAGUGUUGGAGGAGAAAUCAGUUCACCUCAUGUCAGUGCCUCUGUUCCUGAAGUGAAGGCUAGUCUCAACAACCCUGAAAUGGAUAUCACAGCUGAAGCAGAUGCUGAAGUUAAAAGUUCUCCAAAAACUAAGCUAAGAUGGCCUUUCAAAUGGGGAUUAAAAUCUAGUUCAGGUACAGAUGAAGAAGGAAGUGGUGUUGACUCUGACACUGAUGUACCUAACACUGAAGUGGAGGUUCCUGCAUUCAAAUUCCAUAAACUACCCAGGAACAGCAUUGAUGGUACUGGAGAAAUUGGUGAUAACCUUGGCUUAUCAAAGCUUGACACAGAGGCAAAGGAUUAUGUUUUCAGCAAAGGAAUCCGCUUGCCAAUAGUGAAUGCAACAUCAAAGAUAGGAGAAAAGGUUGACAUUAUGGAGAGAUUAAAAAUAGCAAAAGAAAAAGCACCUUUAGCUAACAUCUCACCAACUGAAGCAAAAACUGAUACUGAUCUAAAGCUUGCCACGCCAAGUCUAGAUGUCUUUACAGAAACAGCAGAUUUCUCUUUGGUUAGAGGAGGUACUUUCAAAGUGGAAAAGCAAGAGUCUGUUCUGGGCCUCGUAGCCCCAGAAAUUUCAACGUUAGAGGAAAAUGACAAAUUGUCGUUGAGCCUCUCCAAUAUGCUUGGCCUUAAUAUUAAAGAUUCAGAUGCUGACUGAUUCCAGCUGGGGCAAUCUGACAUAUAUAUGUAUAUAUAAAGCUUCAGUCCAGAAACACUGUAAAUACAUGUAACUAAACUUAUUCAGUCACCCUGUGAUCAUAAAGAGACAAUUGUUUAAUUUACACUUGCCACAGUUUUUUGCAGUUAAUGCCAACUUCAGUAUCCUUCUUGUCUAAUAACUAUGCGUAACCUAAAAGCCUGAAAAAAAAGCCUGAAAAGACUUAUUUUUAUAAUGUGUAAAUUUCUGUUAUUUAUAUAAGCUCCUUUUCUAAACAUUGUUGAUUUAGAAUUACACUUCCUCAGUAUUGCAUGUGAUCAUAGUGAGCUGUUUAGGUUUCUGACAAGUGCAUACUUUACCAUAAAAAAUUUAAAUGCUAAUUUCAUGUGUGAAUGUAUUUGUUAAAUUCUUGAUCAAUAAAUAACUCAUUAUUAUCAA